AUGUCACAAUAUAUUGGUAAGACGAUCUCUUUGAUCUCUGUAACUGACAAUCGGUACGUCGGUCUUCUUGAGGGUAUCGAUUCCGACAAAGGUACAGUUACUUUGCAAAAUGUUCGUUGUUUUGGUACUGAAGGACGUAAGAAUUGGGGACCCGAUGAGAUAUAUCCUAAUCCAACUGUUUACAAGAUUGUGAAGUUCAAUGGUAAUGAAGUUAAGGAUUUGGGUAUUCUAGACGUGAAAUUGGAAGAAGUACAACCGGUUUUGCCUCCACAGCAUGUGCUACAACCACCAACUUCAGCUGGCCAACAGCCUGCUCAGCCCCAGCAGCAAGCUCAACCUCAGGUUCCAGCUGCUGUGGCAGGCUAUGGUGUAUAUGCACCAGAGCCAUCCGCAGUCCGACCUACAUCUACCACCACCACUACUACUACUGAAGUCUCAUCUGCACCACAGCGUACUGCCGCAACACAUCGUGAAGAGCAUCAGACCAAAAGUCGUAACGAUGACCAAAGGCGCCAGCCUUCGCAUAACAGGAAAGUCGAGAUCCCAAAGGAGGACUUUGAUUUCCAGGGCAGUAACGCAAAGUUCACCAAAGACGAGGUACAUACUGAGGAGGCUGAGCCAGACAAACCAGAACCAAACGAAGAGUCUCAUCCCGAUCAGUUUUACAACAAGAAAUCUUCUUUCUUCGACAGCAUCUCGACCUCUACAGAGACAAACACAAAUUUAAGAUGGCAAGAAGAGAAAGCCAUGAACUUGGAUACCUUUGGGCAGGCUUCUGCUAGACCAAGAUUCGGUCGUGGCGGUCAAAGAGGUGGAAGAGGUGGAAGAGGUAGAGGUAGAGGUAGAGGUAGAGGUGGAAGAGGAGGUUACCAAAAUAGAAACAACUUCAACCAAAAUGACAACCAAAGAGGUCAGCAACCUCACUCACAACAAAUUGAGUUUUAA